CCCGUUCGAAUCUGACGUUUGUUUCCCCCUUUCUUCUAGAAGUUUCUUUCUGUCGAUGACAUCACGGUUUGCGUUGAAGAAGUAUGGGAUGAAGGAGAAGAGUGUAUCCAUGAUCGUCAGUCUGCGAUUGAUCUGCAAUGUUGCAGUCACAGUCGCUGUAGCCUCGGUCAGGUUUAGGUGUAGUUUGAGAAAAGAAGAGAUUUGGAAGUUUGGAGGAAGGAGAUGGAUGAAAAUUUAGGGUUGACAAUUGUAUUGGUAAGGGGUGAUCGAAAAUGAUGUAUUUGUGCACUGUUUGUUGUCAGGAGAAAAGGUGUAUCAGAAGCCAUAGAUGUUCGUCUGCUGAUCGUUUCCAUGUCAGAUUUGUAGUUCUCUAGCUUUGAGUUCCCGUCGAACAUGUCUCGGGUCCCCGUUCUCGCGUUUCUACUGCUACUCUUUCUGCGGGCCAAAGCUUCCGUUCAUGAUUACAGAGGGGAACAUUUCACGGCCAAGGGCAACGCCUUUGUCAUACAUGGAGGCAGCGAUGGAAUUUACUCAACUGCUCCCAAUUUCAACGAAACUUCCGCUUCUCCUUCAAGCCGUCGAGGGUGUUGGUCCAGGAGUUGAAAGCAUCGAGCUCAUUAAGGACCCUCAAAAUCCAAGUAAGAAUCGUGGGUUUGCUUUUGUUUUGUAUUACAACAAUGCAUGUGCUGAUUAUUCACGACAAAAGAUGCCAAGUUCGAGUUUUAAUCUAUGUGGAAAUACACCAACUGUCAGAUGGGCAGAUCCAAAGAAUUCACCUGAUCAUUCUGCUUCUUCACAGGACUAGAAAGUGUUGUAAAGAUAAAGAAGCUGAAUAAUUUUUUUUCAUCAUUGAAGGAUUAUUUUUCUGUGUUUAGAUAAGAUAAGAAAGGUAACACAACUCUUCACACAUCUAAAGGAAAGGCCGUUCACAGGUUAUACUCACAUUCUCUUGAACCGUAGUUGUAGAUUUUUUAUUUUUGAACAUACUUGCUUCAGUUUCAUUAUGAAAUAUAUAUCUAUAACUUAUUAGAGCUUGUAUACACAAAUAAGGAGAUACUUUUAGUCUUUUACUGUUCAUUUGGAAGAGGAAAUCUCCACCCUCCAAAUUUUUCUAAUUCUACGGUAGAUGUGAAUCUCAUACCAUUCAAUUCUCACCUUGGGCUUGCAACAUACGCGCUCCAGUUUUUCCAGGAUCAAGUACAUUUAUUCUUAUUAACAUUUUUGUCUUUGAAGAGACAUGGUUAUUUCUAUUGCUGAUGAGUUUUCCUUCUGUCUACAUCCUGUUCAUGAUGUCUUUUUAUGAGAUUUUACCUCCAUAUAUUUGUGAGUAUAACAUAGCUAAUUUUAUGCAAUAUUUGUAAAACACGGUGUAUCUAAAAUAAGGUAUCUUACUAUCUUGUGUGGCCCUGGUGCUAUCUAUGACCUCAUCUGCCGCGUAUAAUGACUGGUUUGUUUUCUGUUUUUUUCUAAGUAUGUGAUGGGUUAAUGUAGGUAUUAAUCUUAUUUCUAUUACUUAUCGUGUGCAAUUCCAAUUUUGCAGACUAUUCCUGAUUACAUUCAGCUAGAAUGUUUCAGGGACAUGAGUCCCGAAAUCAAUGUGCUUCUUCCAAAUGGAUGUUGGACAAGAUAGGAAAUUGUUUGGUACUCACUUGGUGAGGAAAGAAGCAAAUAUGGAAUGAUGGGUGAGGUUUUUGGUCCAUGGUAUAAUUUCUAUAUGAACACAUUUAUUAGACUUGGAACCACUGUCGCACGACACAGGAUGCAACUAAGGAAAAUGGUGUUACCAAAUUGUUAUAGGGUGGUUGUAUUCACUGUGAAGAAGUCCUAAGUGUGUUCCUUUUUUUGCUACCAUGUAAUACAGCAUGAAGUAGUUGUUUAACACCACUUCAAUUGUUCUACUUUGUUUGGUUACUUUUUUUUUAUGUAUUUAGUGAUCAGUCCUUUAAAGGCGUCAUGUAUUUACAACUUGAAUUGUUUGUUAUUGUGGUGUUUGAUUUGGUGAACAA